AUGGAAAGCAGCAGUGAAGAAAAAGGAGUUCGAGCUGGUGGCGGAGGAGGAGCCGAGUUCGGAUACUCAUCACCACCGCCAUCAGCAGCAGCUCAGCAGCAGAUGAUUAUGAACCAUCAGAUCCACCACCACGGCUUCGAUUCCGCGCCCUCCGAGAUCUUCAACCUCACCACCGGCAUCGAGAUGAUCGGCUUCCCCAACUCAUCCGCCAAAUCCCACUCCCCCGCCGCCGCCUCCGCCUCCGCCGCCAUGUGGAAACCCUUCGGCGAAAAGUCAGCUACGAGCGAACCCACGACAACAGACCAGUUCUACCACCACCACCAGCAGCACGAGUUCAGCGGCGGAGGCGGCGGGGUGGUAGAGGCAGCGGGGAUGAUGGUGGCGGCGGCGGCGGUGGAGGAGGAGGAUCCGAGUAACCAUAAUAAUAAUAAUAAUAAUAAUUCAUCGAUGGUGUUUUCAUGCUCAGGAAACGAGCGGCCGAGCCAAGGGCUCUCCCUUUCUCUCUCCUCCACCCACCCUUCCACCAUCGGCCUCCAGUCCUUCGAGCUCAUCCGCCACCACCACAGCAACCACCAGGAGGAAAUGAGGUUCAUGAACUCCCCAGCCUCCACCUCUCGCGGCGCGGGAGGUGGUUUUUUCUCUGCUAGGCCGUCGUCAUCGUCGCGGCAUCAGGAAAUGGAUGGCUUGUUCCAGCAGCAGUUGUUUCAGGUGAGAGGGUCAAGGUAUCUGGGUCCGGCCCAAGAGCUGCUGAACGAGUUCUGCAGCUUGGGUACCAAACAAACAGAUAAUACCCCCAGACCCAAACCCCACCCGCUAAAGUCCAAAAAUCCGGAUGAUAUUCCUUCCACUUCCAACACCGAUGCUGCUAACGAUGCGAAUGCCAAUAAGCCGUCGGUUGGUUCCCUUGAAUUCAUGGAGCUCCAAAAGCGCAAAACCAAGCUACUCUCCUUGCUCGAAGAGGUUGACAGGAAGUACAGGCACUACUGCGACCAGAUGAAAGCGGUCGUGUCGUCGUUCGAGGCGGUGGCGGGGGCCGGGGCGGCCACGGUGUACUCGGCGCUGGCGUCCAAGGCCAUGUCGAGGCACUUCCGGUGCUUGAGGGACGGGAUCGUGACGCAAAUCCAGGCGACCAAAAAGGCCAUGGGGGAGAAAGAUCCGGUAGCGCCGGGGACGACGAAAGGCGAAACGCCGCGUUUGAAGGUGAUCGAUCAAGCGAUACGGCAGCAGAGGGCGUUUCAGCAGAUGAACAUGAUGGAGACUCACCCUUGGCGGCCGCAGCGCGGUCUCCCGGAGAGAUCCGUCUCCGUCCUCCGCGCCUGGCUCUUCGAGCAUUUCCUCCACCCGUACCCAAGCGAUGUCGAUAAACAUAUUUUAGCGCGUCAAACAGGUCUCUCCAGAAGUCAGGUCUCCAAUUGGUUCAUCAAUGCAAGAGUCAGGCUAUGGAAGCCAAUGGUGGAAGAACUAUACACAGAAGAAACAAAAGACCCUAAUGAAGACUUCAUCCACAACAUCAACACCAACAACAACAUUAACAAUCAUCGUUUCAUGAUGUCUUCUUCCUCGGCUGGUCAUGGAGCCCACGAUCUUGACCAAGACAACGACGACCACAACAUCAACAUCCGCCUCCUCAACACUACUCACCACCACCUUUCCUCGUCGGCCGAUCAAAAGCCAAGCCAUGAUCAGUUAAUCCGAAUCGACUCCGACUGCCUCUCCUCCAUCAUCACCAACCCUGAUCGAAACGACCACCAAAUCACCACAACCAGAACCACCGCUGCCAUGGCCGCGGCCAAGGCCUACCAAAACCACCACCAUCAUUUGGCGUCUCAACAGCAACAAGGGUUUGGAGCUUUUGGCGCGGUGGAGCUUGAUUUCUCCUCGUACAAUCAUCAUCCCACGGGGGCGGUUUCUUAUGGCAAUGAUCAUCAUCAACAUCAGCAGCAACAGGGAGGGGUGUCGUUGACUCUAGGGUUGCAACAGCAUGGAGGGAAUAAUAACGGCGGUGGAGGUGUGAGCUUGGCUUUCUCGCCGGCGACACAAGGGAAUUUGUUCUUUCCGAGAGACCAAAUGGAAGAAUGUCAGCAGGUUCAGUACUCGCUCCUCGAUGGUGAUCAAGGUCAGAACUUGCCUUACAGGAACUUGAUGGGUGCUCAGUUGCUGCAUGAUCUCGCCGGAUGA